AUGAAGCUCAGUGAUAUUUAUAAAGAAGUAAGAUACUUCUUGUCGGUGGAAUCUUUAGAUUCUAGGAUAGUACCUAAUACAGGUUUGAAGAAUGUUGAAUUAAAAGAACCAGAUUCAAAGUCGAAAAAGGGAUCAAAGAAGAAUAAGAGAAACUAUCCUGAUAGAUCAAAUCUAAAGUCUUCUAGUGGUAAUACAAUUAGCAUAGAAGGCACUAAACCACUAUGGGGAACAUUGGAGUUCAAGUUUUAUUAUGUUAUGUUUCUAAUUGUGGUACCAUGGAUGUUAAAAGUUGGUAUGGAAGCCAGCAAUGAGACUAACCCAAAUUAUCCUCAAUUUGAAAAUUUAUUAUCACAAGGUUGGAUCUUUGGUAGAAAAGUAGAUAAUAGUGAUGCUCAAUAUAGAUUUUUCAGAGACAAUUUGGUAUUGAUCUUUAGUUUGAUGUCAUCACAUGUAAUUUUGAAAAGAAUAAUAUUGAAAUGGUCUAAUAUUCCAAAAAUUAGAUUUGAUUUUUUCUUUGGCAUCUUCUUUUUGAUUGUUGCACAUGGUGUUAAUUCAUUGAGAGUAUUUGCACAUAUGUUUAUUAUGUAUUUAAUUGCACAUUUGUUUAAAUCUCAGAGAAGAAUUGCAACAAUUUUAUCGUGGACUUAUGGUAUUUCUUCUUUGUUCAUUAAUGACAAUUACAGAAGCUAUCCUUUUGGUGAUAUUUUACCUUUCUUAUCACCUUUGGAUUCUUCCUUUAAAGGUAUUAUUGAGAGAUGGGAUGUUUUCUUUAACUUUUCAUUGUUAAGAAUGUUGAGUUAUAAUAUGGAUUAUUUAGAAAGAUAUCACACUUUGAAGAGCAAUGAUUUGAAUAAGAAAAGAUUGGACUCCAAUUCCAAUUCUAAGACUGUUCCACAUAAUACAUUAAUGGAAUUGUCUGAAAGGGAAAGACUUACAGCUCCUCAUCCUUUAACAGCCUAUUCGCCUGUUAAUUACAUUGCAUACGUUACUUAUACUCCUUUGUACAUUGCUGGUCCAAUUAUUACAUUUAAUGAUUAUAUCUAUCAAACUGGAAGAACACUUUCUUGGAUUAAUGUUAAAAAUAUCAUAAGAUAUGCUAUUAAAGUUUUUGUUGCAAUAAUGACAAUGGAAAUUAUUUUACACUUUGCAUAUGUAGUAGCUGUUUCAAAGCGGAAAGCUUGGGAAGGUGACUCCCCUUUCCAAAUCUCAAUGAUAGGUCUGUUAAAUUUAAACAUUAUAUGGCUAAAGCUGAUGAUUCCAUGGAGAGUAUUUAGAUUAUGGGCAAUGUUAGAUGGUGUUGAUACUCCAGAAAAUAUGAUUCGUUGUGUUGAUAAUAAUUACAGUGCAGUUGCAUUCUGGAGAGCAUGGCAUAGAAGUUAUAACAAGUGGGUAGUACGUUAUAUUUAUAUUCCUUUAGGUGGAUCAAAGAGAAGAAUUUUGACUUCAUUAGCGGUAUUCUCAUUUGUAGCGAUUUGGCAUGAUAUUGAAUUAAAACUAUUGUUGUGGGGCUGGUUAAUUGUUCUAUUUUUAUUACCUGAAAUAUUUGCAACAUCCUUCUGCGCAAGGUAUAAAGGAAAGCCUUGGUUUAGACAUUUAUGUGGUUUGGGUGCUGUCAUUAACAUUUGGAUGAUGAUGAUUGCUAAUUUAUUUGGAUUCUGUUUAGGGAAAGAUGGCACUAUGUUCCUACUUAGAGAUAUCUUUAUGUCCUGGUCCGGUAUAUUGUUCUUUAUCGGUUCAAGUGGAUGUAUCUUUAUUGCAGUUCAAGUAAUGUUUGAACAAAGAGAAUCGGAAAAAAGAAGAGGUAUCAAUUUAAAAUGUUGA